CUCCACUCGCCUUAUUUUAACCGCGCCGUCAGGAGUGAGAGCACGGGGGAGUGUGAGAGUGUUGCCAGGGCGCGGAGAGAGUGUGUGGCGUGACUGGGGUUUGUGAGAGUCGAGGGACAUGCAAGGAGAGUGAAAAGUUUGAAAGGAGUGAGAGGCGAAGACGGCCAUUGUCCAAAGCUCAACUAAAUGUACUAAAAAUCUGUCUGCCGCCUUUUUUGCCUCUUCUCCGUGGGCGUGUGACGGUGUGCGGGCGCGCGGGCGUGGCUGUGGUGUAGUGAUGGGGCAGGAUGAAUGGGGAGCCGAACACCAAUCCGCAAGUGCCCAUCACCACCCUAGCGGGCAUCACCAGUCUCACCCAGCUACUACCUGAGCUGCCCCUGCCUUCAUCCUCGGUAGGCCUCGGGGACUCCCGGUCUCUGCUUUUCCACCCGAGAGUAGCUGAGGAGGCGCAGCGGCUCCUCGCGUGCCAAGACCCAGACCUGGUGCAGCAGCUGGCCAACUCCCUCGCCCGCACCCACGCCGACCAUAUACAGCUGAAGGAGCAGUAUGCUGGCACGGAACAUGCUGUGGAGGUGAAGACAGCACCACCACUGCUUGAGGGAAUCCUGCGUUGCAAGCCGGCUGUGUUUACUGGCAAGCCAGCAGGAGGCAGUGAAGCAGUAGGAGGAGUGAGCAUCAAGACUGAGGCAGGAGUUCCCCCAGCACAGAACAGUGUGCUAGCCAAGGCAGCCAAGCAUAUCAACAAUGUGUCAGUGAUCCAGUGUGGUCCAGCACUGGCUAAUGCUGCCCAAGUCAAGGUGAAGAGUGAGCCUGGGGGUCAGGAUCCCCCAACACCCCUACCAGGGGAGCCCACUGCCCACCUUCCCCAGGGAGUCCCAGAGGAGAAGGCUCUUGCUAAACCUGGCCCUGAGGAGGUUAAGGCUGUGGCAGGUCAGAAGGAGCUGGAGGGCCGACUGAAGUCCCAGUCAGAGGAGUUGCUUGGCCAGCUCCCGGCAGACGUGGGGAACGCCAGCAAGCAGGAGAAGAAACCAGACGUGUGGCUAGCCAAUGUGGUGCCUGACAAGCAAAAGGAAGCUCCCAACCACACCCAGGACUCUAAGAGUAAAGCAAACAAGGACCAUGCCACAUAUCCUGUGGGGAAGAUGAAGGAGCCAGUAGUGGUUCUCAACAAGCUCUCCUCGGAGGAGCUUAAGUCAGUGUCUUGCAUCCCCAAGCUGUCAGGAGUUGGAAGUAAUGUCAAGACUGACAACUAUGUGGACAGCUCCAAGAACAACAGCAGCAGCUCCAGGAGGUCUCGGGGCUCCCGGGAAGCCAGCAAGUACAAAGAGGUGAGCUCAGAGUCAGAGUCUGAGGAAGAGGACAAGAAGAAGCCAAACAAGUACUUCAAGAAUCGGGAGAGAGAGAGGGAAGAAAAACGGCGGAAAGAUAAAGCUGACCGGAAACGCAACAGGAUUGCCUCUGAUGAUGAGGAAUACAACCCAGACCAGGAGGCUAAGAAGAGGAGGAAGGGAGGUCAUCAAGAGGAGGAGGAUGAUGAUGAGGAAGGGGAGGACUCGGAGGGUGAGGGGGCAGCAUCCAAGCACCAGAGCAACAGGAGAGCACCAGCUGCCCCCAUGCACAAGAAGUCUUACACCAACAAGCGGAUUGAGCGCAAGUUGGUGGGGCCAACAGAAAAGCUAUCCUCGGAGGAGCUGAUGGAGAGCGGCGUGUAUCAGAGGUUCAACCGCGCUGUGGAGAAGAUCUUUGACAACACUGAAGAUCUUGAUGUCAAUGCUGAGAUUGAAGAGGAUGGGGAUGUCCCUCAGGAGUACCUCAUUCCCAAGUAUGAGCUGACAGACCUUUGCUCUGAGACGGCCAAGCUGAAGAGCCUUGGGGCCAUGGCUAUUGUGCCACCUGAGAGGCUGGUCAGGCUCCUCAACAUCCUGGAGAAGAACAUCCGUGAUGGUGCCAAGGUGACACCCAUUGUGGAUGAGGAGGAUGAUGAAGAUGACAAGCUGUGGAUGGAGUUGGUGAUGGAGCGCAUCCUGCGGGGCAUGGAUGCUUCCCUCACAGCCAUGUACAUCAUGACUGCUCCUAACAUGAGCAAGCGGGUCUAUUUGGAGGAUGUCAUUGAGCGCUGUGUCCAGUUCACUAAGUUCCAGCUCUCCAACACCAUCUACCCCUCCUUUGACCCUGUGUACAGGAUAGACAGUAAAAAAGAUGGAUAUGUGGGCAACAUGAAGAGGAAGCGAGCACAGUGCAAGGAUGUGAGGAACAGGAGCAUUCUGGGUCUGUACAACAAGCUGCAUGAAGUUGUAGGCUUGCUUGCAGAUCUGCUCAGCAUACAGACCCUCACAGAUACCACUGUGCUGCAACUCUCAACACUUGGGGUUUGCCCGUUUUUUGUUGAAAAUGUGUCUGAACUUCAGUUGUCAGCCUUGAGGCUAGUGACCAAGGUGUUUGCCAAGUACAACAAACACCGCCGCUUACUGCUGGAUGACAUUCUGGCUUCUAUAGCACGCUUGCCCAAUAGCAAGCGUAGUUUGAGAACUUACCGAUUAAACUCUGAUGAGAAUGUACAGAUGUUGACAGCCUUAGUGUUACAGUUGAUACAGUGUGUGGUGGAACUCCCUGAGGAGCUGGCACAGAGUAGAGGUAGUAAAAGUGCAACCAGUGAGAGUGUCAAUAGUCAGAAUCCCAAAGAUAGAGACGCCAAAGUGCCCGAGGCGCGGAAAGAGACGACAAUGGAUCGCGAAGUGCUGGUGUGUAGCCGGUAUGAAACAGCCAUGAGCACUGCUUACAGCUUCCUCUCAGUGUUCCUGCAGAAAACAGGAAGUAAGAGUGAGGAGAUAGACUAUCGCCCACUCUUUGAAAACUUUGUGCAGGACCUCCUGGCCACGGUAAACAAACCUGAGUGGCCAGCCGCUGAGCUGCUCCUCUCCCUCCUUGGCAAGCUUCUAGUACAAAAAUUCUGUAACAAGAACACGGACAUGGCCCUUCGUGUGUCCUCGUUGGACUGCCUGGGUGUGGUGGCAGCCAAGUUGCGCCGUGACGCCGUCUCCUCGCACCUGGAGUUGGAGAACAUUGAUGCCAUCAUCCGGGAGGUGAAGGAGGAGGAGAACCGGGAUGCCCCCAUGCUGGAGGAUGGCUCCCCUCCCACGGAGAAUGGCACAGCCAGUGGAGGGUCUGGCAAGAAGAACAAGAAGAAGAAGAGCAGUUCGGAGAAGCUGCGAGACGGUGAGGGUGGGCCGUACGAUGAGGAGGAGGAGCGCACCAUGUUCCUUCAACGGGUGCUCCUUGACUGGCUGGCUGUCAACUCCAGCAGUGAGCCAGCUCUCCUUCAUGCCCGGCACUUCUGCAUUGGCCAGUGGUACCGAGAAGCCUACACUGAGAUUAUGAGGCAGAAGCAAGGGCUGCUGCCUCAGCCCAGUGGCAGUAAGUCUGGCAGCCACAACAAAAGGAAGAGAAAGAGAAAAGGUGACAAUGAGGAUGAGACCAGUGAGGAUUCAGAUGAGGAUGAGGAAGAAGGCGGAAAGAAAGGGGGAGGGCAGGUGGACGAGGCCUUGGCAGCUGAGGUGACUCAGCUAGCUGAAAAGAGGAAGACUUUUCUCAUAACAAAGGUCCCUGCCUUCCCCCCAGCCUCCCCUGGUGCCAAGACCCAGACUCUGCAGACCCACAUUGGCUAUGCCAAUGCUGAACUCAUCACCAAAUACCUGGCCUCCAAAAGACCAUUCUCGCAGAGCUUUGACCUCUAUCUCAAGCAAAUUCUGCGCGUGUUAACCGAGUCUGCCAUCGCUGUCCGCACCAAGGCCAUGAAGUGCCUGACCAUGGUGGUGGAGGCUGAUCCUGGAGUGCUGUCAAGGAAGGACAUGCAACUUGGGGUGCAUCACUCCUUCUUGGACCACUCCACCUCUGUCAGGGAAGCUGCUGUUGACUUGGUGGGCAAAUUUGUGCUCUCUCGCCCAGAGGUCCUCAACACUUAUUAUGACAUGAUCUCAGCAAGAAUUCUGGACACUGGUGUAAGUGUAAGAAAAAGAGUCAUCAAGAUUCUGAAGGACAUCUGCCUAGAGUGUCCAGACUUUGCCAAGAUACCAGAGAUCUGUGUUAAAAUGAUCCGGAGAAUCAAUGAUGAGGAGGGCAUCAAAAAGCUGGUACAGGAGGUCUUCCAGAACAUGUGGUUCACACCAGUAAGGGAUCGGCCCCAUGUAGAUGAAGAAUCCUUGUUGAGGAAGGUGAACAACAUUACUGAGGUGGUGGUGGCUUGCAGGGACACUGGACUGGACUGGUUUGAGCAGCUGCUGCACAGUAUGUUCAAGCCCAGAGAAGAUAAGGAUGAUGUGACUAAGAUAGUGAGUGAGCCCCCAAAGUCCCUGGUGACAGCAUGCAAGCAGAUAGUGGACUGCCUGGUGCGCCACAUCCUGGUGCUGGAAGAGGACGGACACAACAACGCUGCUGGCCCACAGCCUCGCACCACCACGCAGCGCAUCCUGGCCUGCCACAAAACACUCUACCUGUUUGCUAAAAUCCGUCCCCAGCUCCUGGUGGAUCACGCGAUAACACUUCAGCCUUACCUCGCGUGGAGAUGCCAGACCCAGGUAGACUACAACAUGAUAGGUGUGGUGGCUCGCACCUUGGAACUUGUGGUGCCUUUGAUGGAGCACCCAAGUGAGACCUUUCUAGCCCAGCUUGAGGAGGACGCAGUGAAGCUGAUCCUGCAGCAUGACCGCACUGUCAUAACAUCCUGCCUGGCACUUCUCGGCUCUAUAGUUAACACAGUCACAAAAAACUACCGGCUCAUCAAGGAUUGCUUCAACAAGUAUCACACCUUCAUCGUAGAUUAUAAGAGGUAUAGUGAGGAGAAUCCGCAAUGCCCCAAGCUGGAAACCCGCAAGCCACUCUUCCGAAGGUCUCUUUACACCAUUGGACUAUUAUUGAAACAUUUCAACCUUAAGGAUGAAACAGUCAGGUGUGGCCUGCAGGAGGACAUCACUAACCAAGUGUUUGACACCCUCAUGUACUUCAUGGACCAACCAGACAGCAACAUUCGCCUCUACACCCUGCAGGCGUUGGGCUUUGUGUGCAUCCGUCAUUACGAGCUGAUGAUGGGCACUCGCCUCAAGCAGCUAUACCACACCUUGCUGCUUGACCCGUCCGUCAACACUACCCUACGCAUCCAAACCCUGCAGAACAUCGAAUCCUAUUUGCAGGAGGAGGAAGUGCGCAUGAUCAAGCAGGACCAAGAGUGGGCUAAACAAAAAACUCGUGAAAACUUGAAGGAGAUGUGUGAUGUUCAGUCUGGCAUGGCAUCGGCAAUCAUUCAAGUCUACCUGAAGCAAGUACUGGAGUGUGUGGUGACCGGUUGUAUGGGGGUGCGGCACUCAGCACUGCGGGUGAUCCAGCUGGUGUUGGCACAGGGUCUGGUGCACCCUGUCCAGAUUGUGCCCUACCUGGUGUGUAUGUCCACUGACACGGAGGACAUGAUUGCUCAUUCUGCAGACAAGCAGCUGCAAGACAUAGAGAAGAAGUACCCAGGCUUCAUCGGGAUGAAGGCCAUGCAGGGGUUCAGACUGUCCUAUCGCCUCCACUCUCUCAUCCAGCCAUCCAUGCCCACCAGGGGUUUCCGCACCAAGGAGGGGGAACAUCCUGGUGCACUCAACGGCUUUCUAUACUCCGUGAUGCGCUCCACCAAGCAGCACCGUAGGGCUGUGGCCUUCUCCCUCCUGAAGCAGUUUGAGGAACAGGCGAGAACCACUCUUGCUGAGCUGCUGUUCAUCUCGGACAACCUGGCAUACUUCCCUUACCAGGUGUUGGAUGAGCCACUCUUUAUCAUCCACCACAUAGACAUCAUGAUAUCAGUCACGGGUGCCAACCUUCUCCAGUCUUUCAAAGAGUCUCUGCUGCCACCACCCAAUGCUGAGGUGAAGAUCAAUCCUGAGACUGGCCAGCCAGAGUAUGUGGAUGACCUGGAAGAUGAGGAGGACGUAGAGGUGUACUUGAGCCGCAUGCCCCCUAACUUGACACCGCUGGUGGAGUGCAUCAAUGCCUCUCAGGGCUGCCUCCUCCUCCUCAUGCUGAAGGAUUACAUGAAGGAAAUUUAUGGCAUCACUGAUGGGAAGAUUGGCCAGUAUUCUCCAUCAGACACUUCAAAGCAGUAUGAGAAGAGCUGCUCUAAGAAGAGCUCAGCAAAGUUCAAUCCCAAGCCCAUCCUGAAGAGGCUGAAGGAGGAGCCUGAGCAGGACCUGAAUAACCUUGAGGACAUCAGACCAAAGAUUGACCUUGUCAACCAGUACCUCAAUUUUAAAGCCCUUAUGCUGAAGAUAGAUCCAGAUGAUGAUGAUGACUCGGAUUGUGAAGUGAAGAAGCCAUUCCAGAAUGAUGCCCACUCCUCCAUACCUAACACGCGCAACCUUCGAGGCAACCAGCAUGCAACGGACGUUCCUUGCCUGCCUGGCACCCAUGAUGGAUGGAAGGACCAACCCAAGGGGACGGAGAUGAACUCAGCUGUGGCCCUCAAUGCCAUUGGCCCUGUUGCUGGGGAGCUCCUGCCACCAGCCAAUGCAGCUCCACAGCCACCAAUGCCCCCGCAGCAGCACCAGUCCCCUAUCAAGCCUAUCACCAUCCGGACCUCGCAGGUGGUGCCAUCUCGGGAACACCGCUCCUCCCACCACCAUCAUCACCACCAUCACCACCACCACCACCGGUCUUCUUCCCACAAAUCUUCCAGCCACAAAAAGCACAAGAAGAAAAAGAGGAGAAGGAGAACGAGCGACUCUGAGGAUGACGAGAGUGACUACAGUGACCCAGAUUUCCUUGUAUAGUAGUGACUCGAGUCUGUGGUGGCCCAUGGCGGCAGCUGAGUGGCCAGUGUGAUGGACAGGACCUGAGAGAGUGCCAUGGCUGCUGCUGCCACUGCUGGGUUUGUGUGCGAGUUGCGUGUAAGUGUGUUCGCGUGUGUGCGUGGAGCUCGGAGGAAAGCGUAGAUAAAUUUGAUCCUUAGUGAUGCUGAAGUGACCUUUAUACAAAAGAAAGUUUUAAUAAGAAUACAAGAGGAAUGAGAAUAGAUAUUUUUUAUUCAAAGCAAUACUAUAGGUAAGGGAGUUAUUUUGCAUUAAUGACUGCACAGAUGCAACUUCUCUAUUGCAAUACCUCUGAUGAAGUACGGUGGCAACUAUUAUUGGACUGACCGGAAUCAGACAUGGGGUUUCUCGGUACCACAGGAAUGAGGUGGUGUGGCAAUGACAACAAGAAUGUUACAAAGUACAACCAGUUUUGUACCAGAACAUUGGUUGACCGGCAACAUUUAGUGCUCCGAGGAGGACGACGCCCAUGCGAUGGUAAUGAGUCGGCGUGAAUUUAUUUAUUAUUUAUUGUACAGUACAUUUUCACCACCAAUAGUUUCUUUUCUAUUUAUUGAGGAAGCAGAAGAGAGCAGAACAGCAAAGCAAAGGAGAGGCCCCCCAUCCCCCAGCACUGGUUGUGAGAGUCAGUGUUGCCAGUGUAGACGUACUCACACCAUGGAGGCUCCUUCUUACUAGUUCAUAUGUAUAUGUAUUUAUGAUAUAUAUAUAUAUAUAUAUAUAUAUAUAUAUAUAUAUAUAUAUAUAUAUAUAUAUAUAUAUAUAUAUAUAUAUAUAUAUAUUUUUUUUUUUUUUUUUUUUUUUUUUUUUUUUUAAGGAAAAAUUACCUUGACCAUUGACCAGUUUUUAAACUUAUUGUCUAUUGAUUUCAACAUUUUGACAGUGCAAUUUUUUAGAAAUUUGAAAGGACCAGAAGAUUUAGGACACGUUUGCUAGGUUUAGCCCAUCUUUUCUCAGUUUGAGCACAAAUGUUCAAUAUUUGAACUGUACUUGAUUAUGCAAAGUUUUUACAAUUCACCAAAAGUGGGAGGUUCAGAAUGUUUAAUUUGCCUUUGUGAUAUCAGCUACUCUUAUACACAUUUUCCUGCCAAAUACAAGCUACAUGACUACUGUCAAGGGAAUACAACUGUGCAUGGGCACCUUAUUAUUACUAUAACAAAAGUCCAAAGGAGUCAGUUUAUCAUUAAUGUGAAUAGUGUGUGACCACUAAUGAUGUAAGUAUGUGUUCCAUAAUAUUGGUCUAUUUUUACCUGACUGUAGUGGUGUCACACAGAGUUUAGUUUAUAGACUAGACAAAAGUGUAGUAAUGGUCUGUAUAUCUGCGACUUGCAAGUGGACUUGUUUUUUAUCAGAUAAAAAUGGUACAUAAUUGUAUGUAUACUUGUGAAUAGCAAAGUUUACCUAAUAUGGUUUGAGCAAAGACAAUUUUUCCUCAUUACUUAUUUUUUAUAGAAAACAUGGCAGAGUCUGAGCUGUUUUCUUUUUUAUACCAAUGGAAAAAAGUGGAAAAAUUUGUAUUGCCUUUUGCGAUAUUUCUUGUACAGAAUGAGUCAACAGCACAGACUCGUGCCCGACCCACCCUCGAGUUUUGUAGUAGAUUGUGUUUUGUCCAUUACUUUGAUUCAUGACCCAAAUUAAUUAUUUCCUCUCAUCACAUGAGUGGAGGGGGAGGGAGGGCUUUCCCACCAAUUACCACUACCACCAUCACCACUGUCUUUUAGUCUCCCAGUCCUUGUUUUACAAGGCAAGACCUUUCAUGAGGAACUUGCUCGUUGGCUAGUGACUGACAGACACACAGACACAUGCUGACGCAGAUGCGCCCACACACAAACGCGUAGACACACACACACACACACACACACACACACACACACACACACACACACACACACACACACACACA